AUGCAACAUCUUUUGGCUUUGAGCUCUCUGAAGAUAGACCAGGAACAUUUUAAAUAUGAAUUAGAGAAAGUUAAACAUUAUGGUUUUGAUCACAUAAUCGUCACUGGAGAGCGUCCAUUCGGAAUUCUUUUUCUGGAUUGUUAUGGUCGAGUGUUUGAUUGGGAUGACAUGAGUGUGAAUAAGAAAUCUGAGACUGGCCGAGUGGCAUGGGGCGUAGAGUUUGAUUGGACUAUUGUUGAAAUUAAGGAUGAUUCACAUGAACGACGCAAUAUUAAUCUCGUUGCAAAGGAUACAAAUGAUAAAGAAAAAUAA